CGGAGGGCACAGAGACUCCAAUGAAGGUGCACCCAAGAGGGCGUCCGUAGCCAUUUUGGCUCAAGUGCACCGCCCUGCCCUUGACCCCUUCACGCGACCGAGCCCGCCACAGACACAGCAAUGGCCAACUACAAGGUCUGCGUGGUCGGCGGCGCGGGCGGCAUCGGGCAGCCCCUGUCGCUGCUGAUGGCCAUGGACCCCAACGUGUCGGAGCUGUGCGUGUACGACCUGACCCUGGCGAUGGUGCCCGCGGAGGGCGUGGCGGCUGACCUGUCGCACCUCAACCACAAGGCCGUGGUCAAGGGCUACGCCUUCGACAAGGACGACCGCGCCAUCGACAAGGCCGAGGAGUGCCUCACCGGGUGCAGCCUCGUGCUGAUACCCGCGGGCGUCCCGCGCAAGCCCGGACAGGACCGCAAGGAUCUGCUGAACAUCAACGCGGGCAUCGCGAAGAACAUCGUGGAGGCCUGCGCCAAGUUCUGCCCCGACGCCGUCGUGGCCUUGAUCGUGAACCCCGUGAACUCGGUGGUGCCGGCGAUGUGCGAGCUCUGGAAGAAGAAGGGCCUGAACCCGAAGAAGAUCGUCGGCAUCACCACGCUGGACUGCGUCCGUGCGGAGAAGUUCGUACACGAGGUCACCGGGCAGCCCGUCGGCGGCAUCUCCAUCCCGGUCAUCGGGGGGCACGCGGGCACCACGAUCCUGCCGCUCUUCUCCCAGGACGCGGCGGGGGCGACCAUACCCGCGGACAAGGUCCCCGACCUGGACAAGAAGGUGCAGGACGCGGGCACCGUCGUGGUGGCCGCGAAGAACGGCAAGGGCAGCGCCACCCUCUCCAUGGCCUUCGCGGGUGCCCGCCUCGGCCGGGCCGUGCUGUCCGGCCUGGCCGGCACGCCCGUGACGGAGUGCGCCUACGUGGAGUCCACGAUCACGGACCUGCCGUACUUUGCUUCCAAGGUGACCUUCGGCAAGGACGGCGUGGAGACCGUGCACGAUCUGGGGCCCCUGAGCGACUACGAGAAGGGGCGCCUGGAGGCGCUCAAGCCCGUGCUGAAGGAGGAGAUCGCAGCGGGGCUUGAGUACGCCGCAGCCAACGAGUUCGCCGCCUGAGCCUGGAGGGCUUCGGUGGCAAAUCGUUGGAUCCUCGUGUGCUCUCGUCGUUCCGUUUCUGUUCUUCCUCUAUUCUCCAAGAGGCCCUCUCCCCAAGACCUCUUCUGCGCACUCGGGGCUCCCCCUGCGCGGAGCGCGGAGCGCCGCGGGAGCGCCCAGUUUUGUCCGCCGGCCCGCCCGCGCUCGGCGGGGGCGGGCCGCUCGGCGUGUCCGUGCCUGCCGCCCGCACUCGGCCGGCUCGACGUCCGUGCCCGGUCUCUCCGUGCCGGCUGGUUCUUUUGCCCCUCCUCGAGCGGCUGCCGCGCGGCCCGGGCCCAAGUGCUCGCUGCACCAAUCAACCUAGCUACACGGCCGUGGGCGAACGCCACAGGUUUUGCAGCGCCCACUUCCGUCGCGGGGACCCAGCCGCGCGCGGUGUCUUAUGCCGCGCACGGAGGCCCCAUAUCGAUUCCAGAGGGCCCCCGAAGGGGUCGCGCGCAAAAAAAAAAAAAGCAUUGGCUCUGGUAGAUCCGCGGUCGACAACCGGCCAAAUUUGGCAUACUUAUCCGUAAGGCUUGGAGUGUUCGGCACCACCGAAGAGAUCGAGGCGGCCGGCUACAUGACUACCAUACGUGUCAGACAUGUUUGGCAGCCCCAGGUGGGGCCCGUCUGCAAGGCAUGGCAGGGCCCCGUACGAGCACGAAGCCCCGUCCGAUGCCAGACGCGGAGCGAAACAACAAAAACAAUUGCACGAAUUACUUUUCCUCUGCUGCUACAUGUCCACUGAUGCUGGUGCGUUCAGGGCUGCGCGUCGAACA